AUGACACAGUCCAAGGAUGAGGAAGAUUCCAAGGUGCCACACAGUUUGAGAAAGAGAAACUUUAGUUCAAUGUAUAGUGAAGAUCAAGAACAUAAUGGUGCUGCAAAAGCGGUUUUGUUGGAAUUCAAAGACUUCAAAUAUCCAGACAAUCAGACGUCUAAUAAACGGCCAAAACUACCGAAACUGCUGCCUUAUAAAUUGCCAAGAGAUCUGUUGAUUCGGUUGGAUAUACCACAGCUAACACCGGAAGAUUUAGGACUCAAAAUAGCAGUUUCGGCAUCGAAGAAGCUCAAGCAAUCUGUUGAACCUAUAGACAAAAGUGGCAGCAGCACACCGAAAACACCGAAAACACCCAACACGCCCAACACGCCCAACACGCCCAAUACCCCCGGCACACCACAUCUACCGCAUACGCCCAACAAAUACGAGGUUGGUUCAGUUAAACUGAUGACUGAACAAGCUGAGAAAUUGAAGAAAACGGCAAUUGGAAUGUAUCAAGAUAGACAAUACCCUAAUUCUAUUUUGAUAUUCACUGAAUCUCUGCUAUUAUUGUCGCUGGCUAUACAGGUGAAGGAGGCUGAGCAGCAAAACGUCAAACCGGGGAACGAUAUCAAGGGUGAUUUGGAGUAUGCCAAGUGUUUAACACGCAAGAGACGAGAUUGGAACUCGGUUUUAGCGUUUACCGAUAAGGUCAUAACCAACUUCAGCAAGGCAGAUUCGAAAAACAUUCCAUUGGAUGAGAUGGUGGGGCUUGUUUAUUAUGUCAAGGGGUUUAUAGAAACGCAUUUGAGUGAAUUAUUGAUGAGACAUAUCGAGCUAAUCAAGGAGAAACUCAAGAAACGGAGUAAUGUUGAAUUGACGGCACAGUUGAUCAAACUGCUCGACAAGUAUAACGAUCUAAAGAGCAGGUCGAGUAAGUCUAUGAUGCAGGGUGCCUCAAAGUUGGGUAUAUUCAAGAUUUUCAAAGACUAUCCUAGACUAUACCAUGACUCAAUGAAGGACUUAAGUAAGGUAGACCAUAAGGAUUUGUAUCUUUGCGGACUAAACAUUGAGAAUAGGAAAAGGCUCAUCAAAUUCAAAAUUGGAGUUAAUUACUGUCUGCCUAUCAACACGAACAAUUGGGAAAUGAAUAAUCUGUUGAAUUUUGGAAGCUACUUCAUAAGGGAAUGGUGUGUCUUACAUCAGGUUAAACACCGACGGAUAUUCGAAUAG